GCUGUCUUUAUUCCUUCGCCUUCGCUUCAGCCGGGCAGCGACGGUGGAAAGUUUCGGGGCGGCCGUAGCGCCCACAGCGGUCCUGGACUUCGGUGAGGAGCGAGUGGGAAGCUGCCCCUGGAUCUUGCGCUGCUCCUUUGUGGAGGGACUUAGCGAUGAGCUGUCGAACCUCUCUCCCAGCGUCCGGGAGUUUAUCGUCGAUGAGGACGAGCCUUUGGUCAUAGGUCGGCAGCACCAGGCAAAGGAGCUGGAAACGCUUCUGGCCAAGAAAUCCUUCACACUUCCUAUGAUGCAUACGAAGAAUUUUGCGAAGCAAGCCGGCUGCUUGACUGUCCUUCGACUGCUGCGAUUUUGCGCCCGAGAAUUCGAUAUAGCUUCCGCUGCCGACUUCCAUGAUGAAGUUGCUGGCGGCUUCGUUCGUGGAUGCUUAAGGCAUGGCCACAGCAAAUCGGUGCACAGUGGAAUGCUAGAGAUGUGCGUCGUUUCAGAACCUUCGGAGACCGUUGCUCAGUCGGAAGAAGUCGACUCCGACAUUGUGGUUUCCGACAGUGAGGCAGAGAGUGCCGAUGCUAGCAGCGACACUGCACCCCUCGAGGAGCUAAGUGGCGAAGAGUUCGACGGAUGUGAGGACCAAGAGAGGGAGCUGGAACCGCAGGGUGCGGCUAUUCGCUCGCAAGGGCUCCUCCAGCGGAGACCUCGUGGGGGGACCCUGCGCAGAGCGGCCACGAGCUCACUCCUAGAAGACCCGGUCGCCCGUGCACAAAAGAGGGUGCAGGAGAAGCUCGCUGCUCGAAGACAGGCUAAGCAGGAGGAGCGGCGACAGAAGGCCCUGGGCCAGUGCCGCUAUUCAGUGAACCUCGAGGCCUUCAGGCGCGCAACAGCCGCACGGGUAGCGAAGGACGUCGAGGACGUCCCUCCGGUUGCGACAGAUUCUUGCGAGCUGGUGGGCACCGGUGUUUCAGAAGUAGAAAAGGGUGGUCGGAAAGCCGCAGGAAAGGCGACACGGCGCAGGCGAAUCGCCAUCGCAGGUGCUGGCCCUGUGGGGCUCUGGGCAGCAAACUUGAUCAUGCUGCGGCAUGCACGCCGUGUUCAGCGACCAGCUGCAGGCAACGGAGCCGUCGCAGCCAAAGCUGCAAAGGCCUCGGGCUUCAUCCGCAGCAAGGAUGCUCCGGAAAUUGUCAUUUUCGAGCAGAGGGCAGAAGAAGACCACUGUUCCCGCCGGAAUGUACGCAUCACACUGGAUGCCCACACGGUUGCACUGCUGAACAAGCACACGAAGUCCAAGCGAUUCGAGUCGGGCAUGGCUCUGGCAGAGAUCGAGUCGAUCCUCCUGGACCAAUGGCGGCGACUGGGAGGUUCGAACAGUAUUCGGUUUGGUAGCAAGACAAGCCCAGAGGAGAUAGCCGCCGAAGCAGAUUGGGACUUGAUCUUAUGGGCAGGAGGUCGGCGAUCGCUGGACGACGCCACUCGUGCUGAGAUGUCCUGCGAUCUUCAUGUGGGCGAGAGUGAAGAGGUGUUGGUCUUUGAGAUGCGAAACUUCACGCCAGGAAAGUCAGCCGCCAGUGUGAAGAUCCAAGAGUUGGAGCAGCUGGCGGCUGUGGAUCUCACCUUCUGUGCACGAAGCGCUGGCGCUGCCACUGGUGCCUGUGGCGAGCAAUGCAGCCCAUCCUCCCUGUCCUAUCGAAUCGUCCUCCGCGUGGCGCAGGAUGCAGCGACAACUCCCCCGAAGCCUCUGUGCUGGCUGUGGUUCAUGGGCCUUCCGGAGGAGCUGAAGGCUGCGAAAGAGAAGCUUGGCCGAGGGAAGCCAAAACCCUGCGAAAGCAUCCUGGCAGCGCUGGAAAACGAGCUCUCUCGCCUUGGCUUUUCUCCUGACGGGCCGAGUUGGAUCCCUCAGAUCCUGGCCGCAGCAGCGUCUCUGCAGGAGAAGCUCCUGAAUCCGGCAGAGACCACGGUGCGCUGGGUGGAUGCAUCUUUCUGGUCGUCGACCCAUGCGGUCUGUGCCGCACCGGCACCGGGGCCCACGGGAAAAAGGGCGCCUUUUUUGAUUCUGGGAGAUGCGGCAAUGGGGAAACCAUUCUACACCGGGACGAACCUCAACGUCCACUUCACAGAGGUGAAGGCACUCUCCAGGCUGCCUGUCAUCCGUUGGGGUAGUGGAACUCAAAUGCCUUCCCGAUGUUCAUCCCAAUUCCUACUCACUUCGGAUGAGGCAGCAGUGGCUGCGUACCAGCCUUACGAGGAUCGCUUUCAGGAGGUCCUGACGCGGACGCCCGGCUUCCGGCGCAGCGAGCGCCGCCUGGCGCGAGCAAAGACCUGCCAACUCGCAUAG